AUAGCUGUUGCCAACAUAUCAAACUAUGAACAUCGUUUUUUAAUAACUAUUAUAAAAGUGUAAUUCAUAUAUUAUAAAUGUUUAAAGAAGCUGAUUAUGAGUUAAUAUAUAUUUGUUUUCAUGUUACAGCUAAGUAUGUAUUUGUUAUGGUCUGGAGUACAUAUAUAGUUGGUGCAACUGAUACCAUUCCAUCUGUCAAAAUAAAAAUUUAAAAUAUCUAAAUUUUUUGUGGUUAUGUUUAUGUUGUAAAAUAUGUUAAUGUGUUAUAAGUUAUUUUUCUCCCAUCUAGUGAAAUAAAUAUUGGUUGUUUUUUCGAGGUGCAGUAACUAUUCCGAUUAAGUUUUAAAAAUUGGCAAUUAAGUUUGUUUAUUUAACCGUCAUGGCUUUUAAUUUUGGAAAUACGUCUCAGUCAACUUUUGGUGGUGCACCAAAAUUGACCGGCUUUGGUACAAGUUUUGGUUCAACUCCUGCCACAACUGCCUCUACAGGAUUCGGUGGAUUUGGUUCAACAUUUGGAGCGACGAAUACUCAACAACAAUCAACCGGUUUCGGUACUUUCGGCACUACCUCCACUGCUCCUACGUUCGGUACUAGUUUUGGUACACCUGCAUCUUCUGCUCCAUCGGCUUUCGGAAGUACAUUUGGAGCACCCGCCGCAACGGCAACACCAUCUUUUGGCUCUAGCUUUGGUACACAACAAACACAACCUAAUUUGUUUGGUACUGCAACCACGACAGCGCCCAGUCUUUUUGGAUCCACUACGUCAGCUCCCAGCUUAUUUUCUAAUACUACUGGCGGUGGGUUGUUCGGUUCUACUAGCACCACUCAAUCUUCGGGUUUGUUCGGAACUGCUGCGACUACUACCACACCUAGCCUAUUCGGUACAACACCCACACCUUCUUUAUUUGGGCAACAAGCGGUUACUUCAACUCCUAGUUUAUUUGGGACUGCUGGUACUGGAACAACUUUUGGUACUAAUGUUUUUGGUACCUCUACAACAUCAGCUCCGUCUUUAUUCGGUACAGGAUUUGGUACUACAUCCACUUCGUCAACGGGAUUUGGAGGAUUUGGUGGAGGAACUGGAAGCACUUUUGGAGGCUUCGGUACACAAAAUCAAGGAUCAUUGUUCAGCAAACCACAGAUACCUCAAGUUGCUCCUCAACAAUCUCAAACAUCGAAAACUCAGCAAGUAGUGGCAUCAGUAUAUGCAAUAAACGUUUUCAAUGACGAAAGAGACGACAUUCUUAAAAAAUGGAAUAUGCUCCAGGCUUGUUGGGGUACCGGAAAAGGAUAUUACAAUAGCCAACAACCACCAAUCGAAUAUGAUGCUCAGAAUCCAUUUUAUAGAUUCAAAGCGAUGGGGUAUAAUGUUAUACCAGAACAUGAUAAUUCUGAGGGGAUAGUAAAAUUCAUAUUUAAUAAGAAGCUCGAUGAAAUGAAAAAUCAGCAGGAAGUCCUUAAAAACGGUAUCGCCGGUAUUUUAGGUAACAAACCCAAUUUAACUGUUGAUAUACAUCAAAUAAAAUCUGUUACCGAUACACAAACCGAAGUUAAAAUAACUGUAUCAGAAAAAGGAGUUACAGGGACGAGUAGAAAAAUUCCAGCUUCGGAUCUUGCCGCAUUCUUCAAUCAACCCGUUCCAAAACAACAACUUAGUACAGUAAUGGUUACUUCAGUUACUCCGUUUGUUACACCUACCAAAGCGGAAUUAGAGGAAUAUUUGAAACAUCCCCCUCCGGGUAUUGAUUUGCAAAUGUGGAGAGCUGCUAUUGACGAUAACCCAAAUCCUAAAAAAUAUAUUCCAAUACCCAUCAAUGGUUUUUCCAGUUUGAGAUCGAGGCUACUGCAUCAGGAAUAUCAGACGGGAUUGCAUCAAGCUUUUCUGGAUAAAGUAAAUAAGGAUAUCACCAGCUUAAAAACCAGACACUCAUCUUCUGUAGCUCAAAUUGCUGAGCUGAAAUCUAAAUUUUGCGAAUUGCAACAUAGAAUAUUGAGAAUUUUAGUCAAACAAGAAUGCACAAGAAAAACUGGUAUAGCUAUAUUACCCGAAGAAGAACUACUACGAGGAAGAUUUGAAAUUAUGCACCAACAAUUAAAUAAUCCAAAACAAUUCAAGGGACAAGUUAAUGAAAUUCUUUCCAAUAUCAAGAUGCUGGCAGGCAGAUAUAAACAAAGUUGUCCCAGUUACCGAUUGGAUGCAGAAGCUCAAGAAGAAAUCAAACAAUUUUUGAAAAUGGAGCAAAGUGGCAUAGCUCAACUGAUUAAUAUCAUUCAGACUGACUUGAAAGUGUUAAAUAUUAUAAACGACGGGCUAAAACAGAAAACUAUAAAUGGACAAUUCAAUUAAUACAAUUUUAACUGAUACAAUAUCUUGUAAGAAAUGUUAAUGAAUGUAAUGAAAUACUUCUCAAAUUUAAUUACGGAUUAGUAGAGAGGAAGUGGAAGUUUUGAUAUAAUAAACUAGAAAAAAAUUUAUAAAACUGCAAUUUAUUGAUAACAUACAUCCACGAGGAAGUACUAUUGUUAGAAAAGUUCACCUUGACAAACCAAUGCUUCCAACUGAAUUAAUAAUCACUAAAAUUCCUUUGAAAUUCAAAAUUCUCCUUCUAUCUACAAGACUAGAUCUUUUCAAAAAUUGAAAGUUCAUUUGUCCAACAAGAAAGGACAAGAAUAACAAGAAAUUGUCUGGUGCAAUUCAUUUUUUAACAUUCGAACAUUGGAUGGUAAAAUAUAAAAAAUGACUUAGGUUUAAACUCAAAAACUCGGACUGAAAUAUGGCGAAUAAGUUCAUGUUCGAAAUACCAAAAACUGAGACCAAAAACCAACAAUGUCGAUAUCUGUUCAUUGGUACUUAUUUGGAAUUUUGAACAUAGAAUUUUAGCUGUUAAACAGUAUUGGAAUAUAUUGUGAGAAACAUAGGCAUAUCAAUAUAAAAUCUUUAAUCAACUUCCAAUCUACAAGUUUGAAUUUCCAUAAACUGUAUUAAACUUCACUGAUGCUUACGAUCCCCAUUACAUUUUAGAGGGGUGUAGUAGGAAUUUAUCUUUUUUACUCUUUUUUUUUGUUUGUUACUCACUUUAUUCGAACAUUUUAAACUGCGAAUGUAUUAAAUGUUGGAAAUGCAAUAAUAGCGAUCUGCCGUUUGAGAAGCUAGUCAAUGGUACUUGCCAACUAAAGAAAUAAAUGUUUUUGCUGUAGUGAUACCUGUCAAGCAAAAAAAUGGCUGAUCAAGUUAAUGUUCAUUGUGUUAUUGUUGAGUUUCGUUGGUUGUGCAUUUGAAUUAAUUUUUUAUAUGAGAAUCUUUGAACUUGGAUAUAUAUUUCAUUUUUAAGGUAAGUGGAUAUUAUUACAAUUAAUAUACAUCACUACUCUCUUAGUUAAUAUAUUCAAAUUAUAAGGCGCCUGAUGUAUAAAUGCUACAGCUUACAAUUUCGAAAAAAAAAACCGUAUAUUUAGCGAACUACUUACUAAAAUGUAUUUAUAUAACAAAUAAUCACUUCUUUUCUUUAAUUUUUUAGAAAUGACCGGAAAUAAGUGUGUUUAUUUCAAGUGUGGACUAAGUAAGAGAUCAGAUUCUACAAUUAAAAUGUACCGAUUUCCUGUGAAUGACCCUACCAGAUGUACUAUUAAUACCACAUAUACCAUCUUACAAUUGUUGAAUACUUUCAGUAAAAAUGAAUUUUAGUUUCAAUAUUAUUAUAUAUAUAGCAAAAAAUACAUUUAACAGGAGAUAAUUUUAUUCGCUAGUAAGUACCCGCUUUUAUGACCAUACAUACUUGGUUCAGAUAAGUAGACCUUUUGCCUGCUUUUAUUAUACCAUUAAAUAAACAGAUAGUUUUGUAAGCAUUUAUGGUCUCAUUGUAAAAUAUAAUUUCUGAUAGUUCAAGGUAGCAACAAGCUCAUCAAGUACAUUUUUCCAGUCGCACAUUAUGAAUGAAUUUAUCAUCCCAACAAAUAUUGAUGUUAGUUAUUUAAUUUACGAUUUACCUAUCCAUAACUUCCUACAGUGAUAAUAGAAACAGCCUAACACACGAAUUCAUAACAUAGACGAAACAUCUUUUUGCCUAGAUCCAAGCAGAAUACGGGUUGUUGGCCAAAACGGAUCAGCUGCUCACAGAGCAACAAGUAGGUCCAGAAAAGAAAACAUUACGGUCUUAUUAGGAGCAAAUGCAGCUGGGGAGAAGUUACCCCCGCAUUUGGUUUCUAGAGAGAAAAAUGUGUGGGACUCGGGGCUUGCACACAAAAAUGAGGAAUAUGUGGGAAUAACUUAUUCGGCAACAAAAAAUGGCUGGAUGGAAGGUGAAACUUGCCAAGGUUAUUUCAAAAAUAAUUUUAUAAGAGAUAUACCCCGAGAAAGACCUGUUAUUUUUAUUUAUGAUGGGCACAGUUCACACGUUGGUAUCUCUCUUGUCCAAAUGGAAAGACAAGAAAAUAUAAUAAUUUUGAAACUUCACCGACACACCAGCCACGUGCUUCAACCAAUGGGUCUAAAUGUGAUUCGACCUUUGAAAAUAAAAUGGGAGGAAGAACUUACAAAGUGGAAGAGAAAACAUUAUGGCUGGAAACUUCCAAAAUCUUUGUUUUCUGCUAUUAUUUCCAAAGAUUGGGAAAGCAUAGAACCGGUGAUUAUUAAGCAAGGUUUUCAAAAAAACGGGAAUUUAUCCAUUUUGCGACUCUUCAGUUCCUAUCGAAAAUUAUGAACCACUAGCCUACAGACGAUGGUGUGCUUUUAAAUAAAAUCAGGCACACAGAGCCAUGUUUACUAAUGUUGAAAUUGAUCAGUUGUCGGAAAAACAAGGCUUUAGAUCCGGAAGGUCAUGCGUGGACGCUGUAUUCUUAUUGAGACAAGUAGUUGAGAAAUCCAUAGAAUAUAACAAACCAGUAUAUACCAGCCCCCUUUUAUUCAAGUUAUAAAAAAAGUAUCACAGGGCAAAGGGUACCAGAUGGAUAACAAAUAACUUAAAAUACUUAGCUACGCGGAUGAUGCCGUAUUAUGUAAAACAAAAUGCAUGACAACGUCUGGGGAAUCUAUACGCUGCAAAAUAGAAAUUGAUGGUCAUGUAAUACAACAGGAGAUGUCGAAAAUGAGGCGUGACAGCAGGUCGUCAAAACAAAUAAAGUAGCAGGAUGCCUCAACAGCACUAUUUGGAAAAAUAAACAUCUUACAAAAGAAACAAAAA